UGUCAUUUGAAGUUUUUUUGGGCAAAUUUUUUCAGAUUUUAUCGACGAUUCUGGCCGUUUUAUUGGGAAUUUUCGCAAGGAAUUCAUGACACAAGAGCUAAGCUAUCUGCAGCUCAAAACUGCGAACGAAGCACGGCAAUCGGACGAGCAAAAAACUGAAUUCAGAAAGAAGCAACUAUUGGUAUUAAUAUUAGGUUAUCUCAGUGAUGAGGGAUACCUGGACACUGUUAAUGCUUUGGAGACUGAAUCUGGAAUUAGCUUGGAAAAAUACUCUGUUUGUGAUAACAUUGACCUACCUACUGUUCUCCAGGAGUAUGAAUCGUAUUAUCAUGUUAAAUUCAAUAGAUACCCAAAAAUUAUUAAAAAAUCUCCAAGUCCUGAGAAAGCCAAGCCAAGCAGGCCCAUUAAGGGUAGCUUGAAAAAUCGUAGUAGUUCCUGUUCUUUGCCCAACAUAAACACAGCCAAAAAUGAAGGCGACACGCCACCUAACCGACCCCUAAGUGAUGGCAAAAGAAAGGUGUCUUCGAAAGGAAAAGUUGUCAAAGCCAAAUCGCUAACGACUGUUAAUCAAGACGAACUGAGCUUGACGGGAAAUGCAUUAUCCAAUCAAGCAGCAAAUAAGGAUUCGUUACAGACUGUUCAAAAUAUACAUGGCAAGAAUGUCAUUGUUGACAUGAAAGCCAUGUUGGCAAAUGCAAUUAAGGGAAACUACUCAACGAACAGUAAUGACUCUUCUGAGAAACUUCUAAAACCAUUGGCAGGCUUUGCAGGUCUAACCGGUGAAUGGCGAGAGCUUGCCGCGGUCGUUAGUAGGGACAUAUAUCUCGACAAUCCCGACGUCGGUUGGCAUGAUAUCGUUGGGCUUGAAAGUGCUAAACGGCUUGUCAAGGAAGCGGUUGUCUAUCCUAUCAAAUACCCACAACUCUUCACUGGAAUAUUAUCACCAUGGAAAGGCCUGUUGCUCUAUGGGCCUCCUGGGACGGGCAAAACUUUACUUGCCAAAGCUGUUGCAACAGAGUGCAAUACAACAUUCUUUAACAUAUCUGCUUCAACAAUAGUUAGCAAAUGGCGUGGAGAUUCUGAAAAACUUGUUAGGGUGUUGUUUGAAUUGGCUCGUUUUCAUGCACCAUCUACCAUCUUCCUUGACGAACUGGAGUCGUUAAUGAGUCAAAGGGGAGCAGGGUCCGGUGGUGGUGAUCACGAAGGUAGUCGACGAAUGAAAACUGAGCUUUUAAUACAAAUGGACGGUUUGGCAAAAUCUAAUGACCUUGUAUUCCUGUUAGCUGCAUCAAAUCUACCAUGGGAAUUGGAUCAUGCCAUGCUCCGCCGACUCGAGAAACGGAUCUUGGUUAACCUACCAUCGGAGGAAGCAAGAAAGCAAAUGCUCCUUAAUCACCUCCCCCCAACAAUCAAUUCACCAACAAGCGGUUUAGAUAUUAAGACUGAAAUUGACUACAAUCUAUUUGCGCAGAAACUAGAAGGUUACUCAGGAUCAGAUAUCAAACUUCUGUGCAAGGAGGCUGCAAUGAGACCAUUGCGCAAGGUGUUCGACGUGCUUGAAAAUGUCGGAGAUGAAAAGACCGUGACCUUGCCACAGCUGGAACUAAACCCUGUGACAAACGAUGACUUGCAGGCAGCUCUUUCAACAACCAAACCAUCUGCAAGACAACUGGAGGAGAAAUAUGCUGAAUGGCAGAAGGAAUAUGAGUCUGUUUAGAAAUUUGUACUGUUAAACCUUAUUAGGUCCCAAACUGGUUAACUUAUUUAAGUCUCACAACUUGAACUUCUGUGCAUAGAAGAAAUGUGGAUAGUAAAAAAUAUGUUUGGAAGUGGAAAAGAAGUUGGGAACAUGAAGGAAGCACAAAACAAUUCAUUCCUUUUUCAUUAUUCAUCUAUGUAUUAUAGGGAUACUGUAAAUCUAUAUUUAUUAUAACUGUGUGGACAAAAUUAUUAUGAAAACCCUAUCUACA